GCCGCUCAUUUCAUUCCUAUAUUUAGUGUAAGCAAGUUGAGCAGAGGAAAACCCGCGCAACGUACGUACAAGUGCAAGCGAAUGGUGAAUUUCGAAAAAGGAUUAUAGCAAGUAAAAUUUGAUAACUCGAGAGAGGACGACGUGUCGGUUACGUAAAUACUUAUUUUAUUAUUGUCGUGCGAAGAGAUGUACAAAGUGGCUGUAAGCGAGACGCUCUGUGAUUAUUUAACGAGGUGUCUGUUAGAGACGUGAGUUGCUCCAGUGCUGGAUAAACAAACAUACAUUAACUUUCUUUGGAAGAAAUAAUAUCAACUGAUUAUUUCUAAAGUGAAGUUUAUUUUUAAGUGGUGAGAAGUGAUUCAAUGAGGAAAGGUGUUUGUUUCCAAGCACACUAAAGACUAGAAAAAAAAAGAGCAAAAAUAAUAGACAAUUAUCUUUUUUUUUCGUUUUUUUCUUUCCUAUAAAACAAAAAAAAGUGAGUGAUCAUAGUGUGAGACUAUAUAGAUAUAUAUUUUUAUUGUGUCUUCUGCACACAUCCAAACACGUAUAAACAUUUUCAAGAGAAGUUUUCUUUUGUAAUACACAAGCAAAAUGAUGACUGACACGUUGAACUCGAAUAACCUUGUGUUAUCAUCGAUGCCAAACAAAGGAGACAUUGAGAAAAUGGAUGAUAUUGGCUGGAAAGCGAAGCUCAAAAUUCCACCAAAGGACAAAAGGGUUAAGACUACAGAUGUCACUGACACAAGGGGCAACGAAUUUGAAGAGUUCUGCCUGAAACGUGAACUUCUGAUGGGAAUAUUCGAGAAAGGUUGGGAGAAACCAUCUCCUAUACAAGAGGCCUCCAUUCCCAUUGCCCUAUCUGGUAAAGACGUCUUGGCCCGAGCUAAGAAUGGAACAGGAAAAACUGGAGCAUACUGCAUUCCUGUGCUAGAACAGAUAGAUCCCAAGAAAGACUGCAUCCAGGCGCUGAUAAUAGUGCCUACGAGAGAACUCGCGCUGCAAACAUCGCAAAUUUGCAUUGAACUCGCCAAACAUAUGAACAUUCGCGUGAUGGUGACGACGGGCGGCACCAAUCUUCGCGAUGACAUUAUGCGUAUCUACCAAAAAGUGCAAGUAAUUAUUGCGACACCUGGACGUAUUUUGGAUUUAAUGGACAAGCAGGUCGCGAAAAUGGACCAGUGUCGUAUUCUGGUGCUUGAUGAGGCGGACAAGCUUCUCAGUUCUGACUUUAAGGGAAUGCUCGACCAUGUGAUAUCUCGUUUACCACGCGAACGACAAAUUCUUUUGUUCUCGGCGACAUUCCCUCUCACGGUAAAGCAGUUCAUGGAGAAACACUUGCGCGACCCGUAUGAAAUCAAUCUGAUGGAAGAGCUUACAUUGAAAGGUGUUACUCAAUAUUAUGCGUUCGUUCAAGAGCGCCAAAAAGUCCAUUGUUUGAAUACGCUCUUUAGCAAGCUAAACAUCAACCAGAGCAUAAUAUUCUGCAACAGUACUCAGCGUGUCGAAUUGCUGGCUAAAAAGAUUACUGAACUAGGGUACUGUUGUUACUAUAUCCAUGCUAAAAUGGCGCAGGCGCAUCGUAAUCGCGUCUUCCAUGACUUCAGGGCAGGACUAUGCAGGAAUCUCGUCUGCUCCGAUUUGUUCACUAGAGGUAUUGAUGUGCAGGCUGUGAAUGUCGUUAUUAAUUUUGAUUUUCCGAAGAUGGCUGAAACAUAUUUGCAUCGUAUCGGCCGUUCGGGUAGGUUCGGUCAUUUGGGUAUCGCCAUCAAUCUAAUCACAUACGAGGAUAGGUUCGCUCUUCAUCGCAUCGAACAAGAGCUCGGUACAGAAAUUAAGCCUAUACCGAAGGUGAUUGAUCCGUCCCUGUAUGUACCUAGCAUGGACGAUGAUCGUCUCCAAGAAGAGAUCAGCAAAUAAAUCAACCCGUAACCCAACAAUUCGGUUAUUUUCGUUCAGUUAUCUGUCGGUCAAAUGUAUAUAUUAAAAAAAGAAGAAAAGCAACUAAACAGUGAAAAUUAUCAGACGAUUAUGCAAAGUGGGGAAGAACGAACAAUACUAAACAAACAAAAAAAAACGGACAAGCAGUGCGCAUAACAUUUAUUUUUGAUUCCGUUCUCUUUUUGGAGGAUGCGAUAUAAAAAAAAAGUGCAGUAUUAAAUGAUUGAAAUAACGAAACAACACGGGGGCUCUUGUUUUGAGUGCCCCAUGAAAAAAAAAUCAAAAGCGCAAUACACACAUACACACACACACCGAGACACCCCUCGACCCUCCCAAACUAUAUAUUUAUAUAAUAUAUAUUCGCGUGAAACAUUAUUUUCUUCUGUUUAUCAUUAUAUUUUCGGAUUUUGUAUAUAGUCAGGUGGAAUUAUGUACAUGAAUUGUCUUUUCGUUUGAAUUAAUUAUGAUGAUAAAUUUCAGUUUUCGGUUGGUUAGAUGUGGAAAAAAGCGAAAUCUUUUCGGCACAUAUACUGUGGAGCGAAAAAAACAAAAUAAUUUUUGGUCUUGUAUCGGGUUAUGUAAUUUAUUGAUUAAUUUCUUAUGUUUUCAUUUAAUCUUUUUUCGAUUUUUUUUCUAGUACUAGAAUUAACGUAUUUCGAGCGGUGCAAAUGCGAAAUUUCUGUGAUUAUCGUCGAUUCGGUCAACAAUAACACAUUUUAACGUAUACAUUAUCGUUUUUUAAUCGUAUUUUUAAUGAAUUGAAAUGUACAAUUAAAAAAUAUCCCACUAAUUACUUUUAUUUAUGAAAUACAAUUCAUGCAAUAGUACAAAUCGAUUUCACCGAAGUUUCGUGUCUUGCGCCACGGAAAUAACAAUAUUUAAGCAGUUUUAUCGCAUUGGAAAAAAAGAAAGCAAAUUGUUAACACCCAGAAUCUCCAGCAAUGCGUUUAACAUGGUCGUCGUUUGAACUAUCGACGACGUUUGUUAAUUUAUAAAGCUGCUUAAAUAUUCGAGCUAUUUCAAAUACGUUAUAUGUGCUCUUGGGAUCUCUUAAAAUUAUGAAUUACUACAGUAACAAACACUUUACAUUAUAAACAUGAUACAUAUUUUGAACUAUGAUUUAAUUUUAAGUGGAAUUGUGAAACGCGACAAAAAAAAUUGUUAGAACUAACGAACAGUUAAGUGAUUGAUUGUGUGCUACGGAAGAAUGGAAUGCGGAAGUGAAUAUUAUUUUUUUUGUUUAUGUUUAAGAGAUGGAGAUUCUAAUGUACGGGUUCUUUUGGGGUUUUCGAAUGAGCCUCCCCCGAAGGAACCACACUUAAGUUCGAAUGCGAACGAAUAUUUAAAACAAAAUUGGCUCGUUAACUCGGAAACCUGGUGUUUCCGGGGGGAACAACCAGAUUAAAGUUGCAUCGCGUUCAUUUCUAAAUAUUCUUUUUCGGGGACAUUAAAAAAAAUCAACUGACUUUUUACAAUUACUUCAGCAACUGAUUCUGGUUGUUCUUUUAUUCAUUGCAAUUGUGAUAAAAAUAUUUUAUUUGGAAAGAACAACCCUUUUCCA